AUGUCUUCGCAGGUACAUGCCAAUACCAAGGAAGAGGUCGUCAUGGUCUAUCCCCAAAAAGAAGAUCAUGUGGAGGAUGUCGAGCGCGUGCGCACCACAGCGGACGAAAUUGCUGAACUGUCCGGCAUCGAGAGCGAAGCGACUUCAAAGGCUGCUUGGCUGAUCUCCUUGUGUGCUUCGAUUGGAGGUUUCCUGUUUGGCUAUGAUACUGGCUACAUCUCGGCAGUGCUCGUUACCAUAGGCACUGCUCUCGGUCAUGAGCUCAGCUCCAGCGAACAAGAAUUAGUAACCUCCCUGACAAGUGGAGGCGCGUUUGUUGGUGCAGUCGCGGCAGGUCUCACCGCCGAUCGCUUUGGCCGCCGCUUGCCUAUCUGGUGGGCGUGUGCCACUUUCGUCGUCGGAACCCUUCUACAAUGCGUGGCAUAUUCUCUUGCGCAGUUUGCUGUCGGCCGCUUUGUCGUGGGACUUGGGGUGGGAUCUGCCGCCAUGAUCGUGCCUCUUUACAUCUCGGAGAUUGCGCCUGCCAAGUAUCGAGGCAGAAUGGUUGCCUUCAACAACACCAGUGUCACCCUUGGCCAGCUUGUUGCAUCUGCCAUCGGGGCAGGCUGCGCGCACUUUCACAACGGGUGGCGACUUACCGUCGGGAUCGGAGGAUUUCCCCCCAUCAUCUUAGCCGGUCUCCUCUUUAUCUGCCCCGAAUCUCCUAGACAGCUAGUCGCUCAUGGCAAAAAUGAUGCUGCUGAUGCUGUCCUGCUGAGAAUCUACCCUACCUCAACAAACGAGCAACGAGAAUCCAAGUUGAAGUCCAUCGAGUUGUCAAUCUUACAAACAACUGACUCUAUGACCCAGGACUCACUCUGGAUGUCUUUCAAGCACAUCCUCAAUAACCCUCCCAUUGGUCGCGCAGUGUUGACUGCUUGUACCAUCAUGGCCAUUUCACAGCUUGGAGGCUUCAACACUCUUAUGUACUACGCCGCCACCCUCUUCUCCAUUGUGGGCUGGAAAAACCCGACUGCGGUUGGUAUCACCGUUUCCGCUGCCAAUUUUGUCUUUGGCAUAAUAACCAUCUUCCUCGUCGAUCGCGCUGGUCGACGAGUGCUGCUGUCAAUCUCUGUCGCAGGCAUGGCCAUCUGUCUAGCCAUCGCCGCUAUAGCGUUCCACUAUAUUCCUAUUAGUAAGGAUCUGGUGGUAGAGACCGACAAGGUUGGCUGGCCUGGAAUCGUUAUACUGGUCACGAUCAUCUGCUACGUCGGAUUCUUCUCUAGCGGUGUCGCGCCCAUCGCAUGGGUUGGCACAGAAUUGAUGCCUCUGGAAGUUCGAGCAGUUGGGACUAUGCUGAACACGGCAACUUGCUGGGGCACAAACAUCAUCAUUUCCUCCACCUUCUUGUCCAUGAUGAAAGGGAUUACUCCAUCUGGAGCUUUUGGAUUCUAUUGCGGCAUUUGCUCUGUGGGAUGGCUCUUCAUCAUCUUCUUCUAUCCUGAGUGCAAGGGCAUGCCUCUAGAGGCUGUUCGUGAAGUGUUCAGCCAUGGAUUCGGGGUUAGGUACUCCAAGAACUGGCAAAAGGAAAACAGGCACCUGAGAGUGCAAAGUCAGGUGGCUAUUGGCCACUGA